CAAAACGGUCUUCCCAAUCGCAAGCUUCCACUAGAGUGUAGUACACUAUUAAAGCUUUGACGACCACUCAAGUCUGCAAAAGGGAACAAGGCAUGCAGAUGCCGCAGAGGAUCUCCGUCAACAUGUGGGACAGCAAGAAAGACUUGAUCAUCAAACUUUACGAAAAGGAUGAAUGGCCGGUGAAACAGGUCAUCAAGAAGAUCCGGUCACACAAUUUUAACCCAAGUGAAAGUCAACUGCGGAGUCGAUUGAAGAAAUGGCGUGUGACCAAGUCAUCCCGUCGCCAGGGCCGGGGAAAAGGAGUCGACAGGAGUGCCAAUCAUACGACAGAAGCGUCGUCAGAGGAUCACUCCGGGAGUGAGUCGACACAGUCAAAAGCAACACCAGACCAGAAUAUGUCCAGAGAGGAACUGAAACCUAGUCACGCGCCACGUACAGCGCCAGUUAAGAUCCCUCAUCCCUGCGGCCCUUCUUAUCCUGAAGUAUUUUCAACCUGCCGCCCUUUUGAGCUUCCUCAUAACACUUUCCCCGUAUCUUCCGCGUAAGUCUUCCUCCCCUGGCACUUCCUGACCGGUGGUAUGGCCUCAGGUCAAGCAGUGACUGACACAUCCGACUCGCAUGCACCACUAGGAACUCUAUCGCUGAUCACUACACACCAUAUGGGAAGGCUCCAAU